ACAUCUCGCAUUUUGUCUCGUCUCUCGCUGGCCCAGUGGCAUCGAGAGAGAGAGAGAGGCCGUGGGUGCCUCGAUUUGACCGGUGCACGGCUCUAGCCACUGGGGUUUGUCUGCGUGAGCUUCGCGUCUUGCCGCUGGCCAAAAUCUCUGGGAGCAGGCGACUCAACAAGGCCCCCUUUGAGUGGUCAAAUCGGUGCCGGGGAGUUGCGAAUUUUACAGCAAAGGGGAAGCAAUUAAGGUGAAGGUGGCUUCAGGUUACUGCCAGGUUAGGGUCGUUGAGUUGUUUUGUUUUAUUGUUGUUUCAGUGUUGCCCAUCAGAAAUAUUUGAAAGGCGAUUUCAUUUUUUUUGUCUUGAAGGCGAUCAGGAUAUUGAAUUCGGCAUGUCUUCGCAGCAAGUCUCAAGCAUAUUCCAACCACAUCUGCAUUCCGUGGAGGCUAUUGGCGUCUACCAGCGACGCAAGAAGGCUGCGCUGGGCUUCACGGUCGCGCUUCUCGCCCUCGCCGCCGCCAUCCUCGUCACGGGCCUCGUGGGCACCACGCGCACGGACAACGUCGCCGUCGUCGGCUUCUACGCGGGCAUCGUCCUGGGCUUCGGAGCGUUCCUGGGCCUCCUCGGAGUGAGUCUCGUGGAGAACCGCAGACAAAUGCUGGUCGCGUCCAUCGUGUUCGUCAGCUUCGGAGUGGUCGCCGCCUUCUGCUGUGCCACCCUGGACGGGCUCUUUGCCGCGCGACAAAUCGACCCAAGACCCCUCUACGCAGAGCGCUGCCAGUUCUACACCAGCGGCGAUGGCUACAUUUACGAAAACUACUUCUCCGAUGUGCCGUGCCGAAGCAGUCACGGUGACUGCUCGCUCAAGAUCCGCAGCGGCACCUGCUACUGCUGCGACCUCUACAACUGUGGCAGCGGCGACUACGCGGCCGUCUACUACGAGUUCGUGGGCGUGAGGAGCUGCCUCGGAGCCGUGCACCUCUACCGCCUGCUCUGGCUCUCCACGCUGCUCAACGUGUGCGCCGUCUUCCUGGGCAUCGUCACCUCCGCCGUCUUGGGGAGCUUCAAGGACACGGCACAGACGCUGCCGCGAGUCGAGUACGUUCCAAGCUCGCUCGCCCAAAUCUCCUACAGCCCGAGCAUGCAGUCGCUCUCCUACAGCCCGUGCUAUCCCGGCCUGGCACCGUAUCCAUACGCGGCACAGUGCCGAGACACGGCGCUGGACUACUACGCCGCCGGGGGAACCAGCGGAGCGGCGCUGGCGAUCGGCGGCCUCCCGCGGGGGGACGCGGGCGGGCAGCUCUACCCGGGCGCCAGCGCGCUCUACCCUCCGCCGCGACCCAGCGCGCCGCCUCUGCACGCGUCCCACGCGCGCGCCCCUUCGUUCGAGAAACCCGUGUCCUACGCACCGUAGCGGCGGCUCUCGCGAGGACGAAGCGCGCACCCGGAUCGUUUGAACGCCCACCCGCACCCGCCCGCCCGCGUAUUUGUACCCGAAUUUCUGCCGUCGGUCGUGGAGACUGUUUUUCGCCGCUCGGCCGCUCGGCGUUUUGGCGCCGGCGCUCGACAGCUGUGGGUUUUAAUGAACGAUAAAUGUAGAAAUGGAAGAGCGCUGUCUGUUUUGCACGCACGUGCGUUGAGUGUAACGAGGGCAACGAUGACUCUG